AGGGCAAGUUCUUAAAUGCACCGGCCCUGUCUUUUUUCUUUUUGUUUUUUUGAACUGGGCUUUCUUCCUAAGGGAGCUGCGUCCAUCACUCAGACCUCCUCGCUAGCCAAUCAGAGUAUUAGGCGUGCUGUCCAAUCAGGAUCUCUGGCAGGCGGCGGGGAGGCGGGUUUUCUUUGCAGUGUUGUGUGUGGGUUCUCAGUGGCGGACGGGGUACGAGUGGGCCCCGCUUUUAGCACUGGUACGACGCGCUCUGAGGAGAGCGUGGGCGAGCUCGGAACCUGCGCCAUGGAUCUCGUGUUUCCCAGGUUGGCCUCAAACUUUCUCUUAGCUGAGGAAGACCUUGAACUUCUGAUCCCGCUACCUAAACCCACCUCCAGAGUGCUGGGAUUAAGGGAGUUUUUGGCCUUUGAGGAUGUGGCUGUGGAGUUCAGCCAGGAAGAAUGGGUAUUGCUGGAUCCUUCUCAGAAGAAACUCUACAGAGAUGUGAUGCUGGAAACCUGUAAUAACCUUACUUCUAUAGGUAUCAAAUGGGAAGACAAGAACAUUGAAGAGCAGUACAAACAUACCUGGAGAUACCGAAGAAGUUGCAUGAUAGAUGCAAUUUUUGAGCACAAAGAAGAUGGUCAAUUUCAAGAAACCUUUACCUGGAUUCCAAAUUUCCGUAGGAGUACUAACAUUUCUACUGGAGUAAAACCAUUUGAAUGUGGUCUGUGUGGAAAAGUUUUCACGUGUCAUUCAUCCAUUAAUGAACACAUCAUGUCUCACUUAGGGGACAAGCCAUCUGAACACAAAUACGGUUUAUGUGGAAUACAGCAACAAAGUCAGAGUGUUGAAAAAUCCUAUAAAGAGUGUGGAAUGGCCUCUGUUUGCCACUGUUCAGUUUCUGUAGAUGGAAAAACCAACAGUAAAGAUAAAUGUUAUAAAUGUGAACGAUCCAGUAAAGCUCUGAGUUCUUCCAGUUCCCUUCAGAGUCAGAAAACAGUUUAUACUGCAGGAAGAACCUAUGAAUGUGAACAAUGUGGAAAAUCCUUUAGACAUGAGAGUUCAUUUCUACUUCACCAAUUAACUCACAUUGGAGGGAAAUCCUAUGAAUGUAAACAGUGCGGGAAGGUCUUCAGAUGUCACAGUUAUCUUCAAUUACAUGAAAACUUUCAUAUUGAAGAAAACCCCUACGAAUGUAAACAAUGUGGGAAAACCCUCUGUUCUCCCAGUUCCCUUCGAGUUCAUGAAAGGAUUCACAAUGGAGGAAAACUUUAUGCUUGUAAGUGGUGUGAUAAAGCUUACAAAUGUCAAAGUUACCUUCGAAUACAUGAAAGAACUCACACUGGAGAAAGUUGCUAUGAUUGUAAACAGUGUGGUAAAGCUUUCAGAAGUCACUGUUCCCUACAAAGACAUAAAAUAGCUCAUCCUCAGAAAAAACCUUAUGCAUGUAAACAAUGUGGUAAGUCCUUCACUUAUCCAUAUUUACUUCAAACACAUGAGAGAUUUCACACCAGAGAGAAACCAUAUAAAUGUAGGAUAUGUAGUAAAGCUUUUCUUUGUUCCCCCUUUCUUCAAAGACACAAAAGAACUCAUACUUGGGGAAAACCCUAUAAAUGUAAACAGUGUGGUAGAACAUUCAGAAGUCACAGUUGCCUUCGAUUGCAUGCAACGGCUCAUACUGUAGAAGAAUCUUACACGUGUAAGAUAUGUAGUAAAGCUUUUCUAUGUCCCCCUUUCCUUCAAAGACAUGAAAAAACACACACUGAGGAAAAGCCCUUUGAAUGUAAGCAAUGUAGUAAAAUCUUCAGAGAUUGGAGUUCCUUCCAUGUUCAUGAAAGAUCUCAUACUAUAGAAAAGCCCUAUAAAUGUAGAAUAUGUAGUAAAGCCUUCUUUUAUUCCUCUUCCCUGGAAAGACAUAAAAAGAUUCACACUAGGAAAAAAUACUAUCCAUGUAAAUAUGCAUGUGAACAGUGUGGUCAGUCCUUUAUUUUUCCCUGUUUACUUGAAAAGCAUUUAAGAACUCACACUGGUGAAAAACCCUAUGAAUGUAAACAGUGUGGUAAAACAUUUAGGAGUCUCGCUUAUGCUCGCAAACAUAAAAGGACUCACACUGAAGAAAGACAGUAUGUAUGUAAACAGUGUGGUAAAAGUCUCAGUUGUCCUGCUACUCUUCAGUUACAUGAACUGACUCAUACUGGAGAAAAACUCUAUGCAUGUCAACAGUUUGAUAAAACUGUCAGAAGAUUCAGUUAUUUUCAAGUACAUGAAAGGGCUUAUACUGAAGAAAAAGCUUACAAAUGUAAGCAAUGUGAUAAAAUUCUCAGUUGUUCCAAUUCUCUUCAGCUACAUGAAAGAAUCCAUACUGGAGAGAAACCACAUGAAUGUAAACAAUGUGGUAAAGCCUUCACAGCUCUCAGCAAUCUUCAAGUACAUGAACUGUCUCACACUCACGAAAAAUCCUAUGGAUGGAAGCAACAUGGUAAAGUUUUUAGUCUAAGUAAUCUUAUCCAGGAAAGAAAGAAAGCUGAAGCAAAUCUCUGUGAAUGUAAACAGUGUGGUAAGUCCUUUGUUUCUCGAUAUUUACUUCAAAUGCAUGAAAGGUCUCAUUCUGCAGAGAAACGCUAUGAAUGUAAGGUAUGUGGUAAAAGCUUCAUUUAUCCCUCAUUUCUUCAAAGACACGAAAGAACGCAUACUGGAGAGAAACCUUAUGAAUGCAAACAAUGUGGUAAGGCCUUCAGAGUUCAGAGCUCCCUUCGAUUACAUGAAAGAACUCAUUCUGAGGAAAAACCUUAUGAAUGUAAAAACUGUGGUAAAGCCUUCUGGCGGCUCCCUUCUCUUCAAGUACAUGAAAGAAUCCAUACAGGAGAAAAACCUUUUGAGUGUAAGCAAUGUGAUAAAACCUUCAGAUGUCACAGUUCCCUUCAAAGACAUGAAAGAACUCAUAGUCAUGAAAAACCAUAUGAAUGUACACAGUGUGGUAAGGGCUUUAGAUGUCACCGGUCCCUUCAAAGACAUGGAAAAACCCAUCCUGGAGAAAUAGCCCAGGAAUCUGGACAGUGAGCAAAAAUUUUUAUACUUUCCAAUUUCUAGUGUUUGAAAGUUACUCCUGGGAAGAAACUCUGGUGGUAUAAAACAAGUGGUGGUGAUGGUGUUUUAAAUCAGACUUACUGAAGAAAGAUCUAUAAUAAUUAGUGAAUUAAGAUGUUCAGUUCAAGCCCGGCAUGGUGAUAAAUGCCUUUAAUCCUAGCACUAGGGAGGCAAAGGUAGACAGAUCUCUUGUUCAGGGCCAGUCUACUCUUCAGAGCAAGGUAGAGAACAACCAGGGCUACAAGGAGAAAUCCUGUCUCAAAAACCAAAAGAUGUUCAGUUCCAUUUGAAGACUUGAACAUCUCCAGAAUACCUUUUUAAUAAAUAUAAUGUGAGGAUACCAAAUUUUUCAUAUAUCCUCUUGAAUACAGGCAUAUAAUGCAAAUAGAGGUAGCCCUUAUAAGAAUAAAUGUUGGAUUGAAUAUAGUUUGCAAAGUAAAGUUUGUAAAACACUGAAAGUCAUGAAGAAGACUAUUGUAAGCAAACCAUAUGUAUUUUGAAAUCCUUAUGCAAAUUAACCUAUAAUUCUCAGAUUUUUGUAACAUGAGUUAGUUAUAAGGUUAGGAAUAUGCUGUGUUUGAUUUGCAAUUACUGGUGAUCAUAGAAGGACUGGUGGUGUAGCCCUGUAGUGCUAGUUACUCAGGUAGCUGGUGGAGGAGAAUUGAAAGCUCAGGACCUGCCCAUGCAAUGUAAGCCCCACUUUGCAAUCAAAAGCUAAAGAGUACUGGGUAUGUUGCUACUUAGCUGGUAAGCACGAAACUGUAAACUCAAUUUCCAGUACUCUUACUAAAAGAAUAAGGAUCCCAAGAGAUUGGGAUUUCCAUUUCUUUUAGACAUACAUUAAAAUGAAAGUUAUUAAGCAUUCAAGAAUAGAGUUUGUGAUAGAUACGUUGUUGGACAAUUUUAUAACUGAAGAUCAUUAUGUCUUCUGUUAUGUUUCAUGGUGCUCUGAUAAGAUGUUCAACAAAAACAAGCUAGAAAGGGUUUCUUUUGGCUUAGAGGUUAUGUUGUAUCAGUUUGACAUGACACAGAAGUUAGAGCAGGAGUAGCUUGUGACAGCUUGCCACUCUGCAUCUGUAGUAAAGAAACAGCAAUGAGUGGCCAUGAUCACCUUAUACAAUCUGGAAUCCAAAUCCUAGGAAUAACGACACCUCCUUCACAGUGGGUCCUCCUGUCUCAGUUUAAAUCCCUUACAGCCAGACCCUGAGGCUCAUCUCCCAGGGGAUUCUAGAUCUUCUAAAGAUGAUAUCAACUAUCACAAAUAUAUUACAUAUUGCUCCAAACAUAGGAUGUAUGUUGUUUUACUGCUUAUUUUAGGCAAGACUAAGUACUUAUUUAGGAAACUGAAAAUAUUUGGUGUAAAUAUGUGAAAGGAUAAUGAUAUAAAGAUAUAAGUGCUACACUUAACCAAGGCCCCAUAUUUUAAGUGGAGUCUUCUGGACGAGAUUGUGCUCUGGCUUGUCAGUUUUUGUUUAGUCCAUGUUAAGGACAUUACACUAAGAUUAUUACUAGUAACUUUAUAAACACUUUAGACUUAGAUUUUAUUGUCUGUAAAAUAUUUUCCUUAGAUUGGUUCAAAACUUUUUCACUUUGCAAAAGUAAAAAAAUUUGAUACUUUUUUCUAGACACUAGUGUGCAAGUAAGAAUUUAGUAUACCUUGGCCUAUAUUGUAUUAGAAAACUUGAUUUUAAAAAUUUCUAACUUAUCAAAAUGUAUUUUAUAAAGUUUUUUAAGUGUAUUUUGGUUUGGGAUUAUACAAUAGUUUCUAAAAUGGUUCUAAAUGUACUUUUGCCGUUUUGUACUAAUUUAUGUGAUGGGCACUCAGCAUUCAUGAUUCAACUCUGGACAACUUGGUUCUCUAUAUUUUGCAUUCUAAAAUUCACUUAAAGUAAGUGAAGUUUUUUUUUUUGUUUUUUUGUUUUUUUUUUUUUUUUUUUUUGAGACAAGGUAGCUCUGACCUAGAACUCAGUAUAUAGACCAGGCUGACCUUGAAUUCAGAGAUUCACCUGCCUUGGCCUCCUGAGUUGCUAGGAUUAAAGGCAAGUGCCACAUUCAGGUAAAAUUUGUAUGUAAAAAUAAGUCUCCUAUCUCAUUAGUAUGAAAAUUUUCUUUCAUCUUUAAUAAAUAGUAAAAUUAUGUUUACUAGAGAAUUUUUAAAAUAGAUUUAUUUUUAAGAGUGUUUUAACUUACAGUCAUUCUGUGUCUGUGUGUGUAAAAGAGAAGCAAUAUAACCAGAAGCUGAUUCAUGCAGUAUGAAGAGUGGCCAAAUAAAAUUUUGCUUUUGUCUGUUGA